UGAGAAAGGGAGGGGUGGAGCCCCCCUGCGAGUCCGCAGCAGUUUAAAUUAAUGUCAGCCUGCCUGAUCGCAGUGAGAACAAACACGGCGUAGAUAGCGAAAGUACUCGCUCGGCGCAACCUGCUGCAAGCCGCUGGCUACACUUUACCAUGACUCGGCGGCCGAAAAACAGUGUUUACAGUAGCGAGGAAGAUGAGGAGGAGACAGAUGUGUACGAACAUGACUAUGACGGGACUCUUGCCAAAGUAGGGAAACGCCACCUCGGAAAAACGCGCUGGACUCGAGAAGAGGAUGAGAAGUUGAAGAAACUGGUUGAACUUCACGGAUCAGAAGAUUGGAAACUAAUUGCAAGUCUAUUAGCUAAUCGUACAGAUGUGCAGUGCCAACACCGAUGGCAGAAGGUUCUCAACCCAGAACUGAUUAAGGGACCUUGGACCAAAGAAGAGGAUCAGAGGGUGAUCGAGCUGGUCCAGAAGUACGGAGCCAAGCGCUGGUCGGUGAUCGCCAAGCACCUGAAGGGACGCAUCGGCAAGCAGUGCCGCGAGCGCUGGCACAACCACCUGAAUCCAGAGGUCAAGAAGACCUCGUGGACCGAGGAGGAGGACAGAAUCAUCUACCAAGCCCACGAGAAGCUGGGAAACCGCUGGGCAGAAAUCGCCAAGCUGCUUCCUGGCAGGACUGACAACGCCAUAAAGAACCACUGGAACUCCACCAUGCGGCGAAAGGUUGAACAAGAGGGCUACCUUCAGAGCACAUCGAAGAACAGCAACUCCUCACUGUCCAUGAACCACAACUACAUCAAGACCACCAAUCAUGUCAUGAGCUUCCCCCACCACUCACCGACCCACGCACAGCUGCCUCCUUUGACCUACAACUACAUAUCUGAAACACACAGACUGUCAUUCCCAAUGGCUCUGCAUUUAAACAUCCUGAACAUCCCCCAGCACGGGACCGCUGCUAUACAAAGACACUAUGGUGAUGAGGAUCCUGAGAAAGAGCAGAGAGUAAAAGAGAUCGAACGGCUGCUCAUGGCAACAGAGAAUGAGUUGAAAAUCCAGCCUUCCCUAUCAAUGAAUUUGAGUUUUCCGUCUUGGGCCACCCAGAGUUCUUUGACCGGCAGUUCGGAUGGUGCUGCCAUGUCUUUAUCACACUUCCAGACAGCUGCCCCGACAUUGCCUCUUGACCAGAGCUGCCUACCUGAAGAAAGUGCCUCAGCAACACGGGCCAGCAGCACCGCCAGCAGCCAUCACAGCAGCCCGACAUUCACAAACGCAAUGCCCGACUUCAUGGAAUCCGUCAUUGAUUCUUUUCUCAGCCAAUCUAUGAGUCCAGAUCACUCCGAUGAUAAUCUACGGAUGAAUAUGGCUGUAGACACCAAACCUCUUAUUGACCACUCUAUUAGGCCACAGAAAGAAAAUGAAAUAUUCCGAACUCCAAACAUUCGUCGAUCGAUCCUGGAGUCGAACCCUCGUACACCCACUCCUUUCAGAUCAACUUUGGGCCUUCAUGGAUCUCUCAAACUACAGAGUCCAACUUUGGAGCAGCAGAUGGUUGAGUCUAUCAAACAAGAACCCAUGGAGUGUGCCAUUGACCACCCUCCACUUAAGAAGAUAAAACAAGAGGUGGAGUCCCCGUGUGAAAGCAGCCCCUGCAUGCAGUGGGAGGGACAAGAACUCAACACACAGCUUUUCUCCCCCAACGCCUCUGCACAGGAAGUACCUGUAAGUCCACAUGAUCUACUUACUAGCUCAUUACUAAGUGAGGAUGGACACAAGCCCUACCAUCUUCCUCACAGAGACAUGAACAGCCCACUACAGCAGCAGCUCAGUUCUUGGGAACCAGCAACCUGUGGGAAGACAGAGGAACACAUUCUGGCCUCUGAGCAGAACCACAAGUACAUCAACACUUACCCCACGAGGACACUGGUGAUGUAGACAAUGGAGAGAGGCACCAUACAA